AUGGCGGGGCAAAAUCCAGGAUCACCAACUGACUUUCAAUAUUUUUACGAGGAUGAAGUGUAUAAAAUCAACAACCGUGGUCAAGUUGUCUUCGGCCUGGUAUUGGAGAAUUACGAAGCCAAUUCUAGUGAUCAAGAGAGCGACAUAGAAACACCUAUUCAAAAAGGAGAAAUUCGUGUGGUCUGGCACCCAUCAGGCACCGAGCGUGUUAUUACAGAAAAAGCGGUUGGCUUAGCAGAUCGUUCACUUAUGCCUGGUGAUGUUGUUCGUCGUCUAAUUGCUGGUAAGGAUACCCAGCGUGGCUACUGUAGAGAUAUUGUGAUGACAGCAGCAUUACAGAUUGUGGGCACGAAACAUGUCAUUCCAAAUGUUGCCAGUGAAAGAUUACAGCCUUUAGAAGAAUUCACACCUGAUUUGGCAGUAUGUCUCGAUUCUUGGGUUGGAACAUCUAAGGCCGUCCAUAGCAAACUCCGCCUAGUUUCAGCAGAUGGAUCACGUUUAGAAUAUCCCGACUUAGACACCUGUCCUCUUGAAGACUACUCAAUGCGUCGUCGUCGCUCUACGCCAUAUUCUUCAUCAGAAUUCUAUCCAGGUCAAGUUGUAUAUGGCCCACUUGGAUCUUUAGAUAGCGCCAACUGGCUCCACAUGACCAAGGAAAUGAAGGCGGCAAGAAAACACAAGAUGCAUGAUCAUAAAUUCACAGUAGAGGCGGUGGUGACGGAGAGCGUGAGCGUGCACUGGCAGUGCCGCGCGCUGUGCACGCACCCCGCCGACGCGGCCGCGCCGCAGCAGCCCAAGUUCCUGGUCGAGGGAGAAGAUUUGAAGAAACUAAAGUUAUUGAAUGUGUUCGAGCCCUGUACACUGCAGGUCGGUGACAGGAAUUUCCUUACAAUUAGUUCAGAAGACACUUUUGUUAGCAAGAAGCAAUGGCGGAAACAACAAAGUAAAUACUAUAGGAAUCUCCGUAAACAAACUCGUCCAACUAAAAAGACAUCAAAGACUGAAACAAACUCAACCGACCACAUGCCGUCGAGGCCCAAGAAGCGCGCCUCUGCACAUCGGAAACUUAAGCCUGCUGAUCCUGAAAUGGAAGUGGACGGCGAUAAGCUAGAAUCGCUAGAUGACGCCCUGAAGGCGGACGCCAACUGCCCAAGUAUCAAGAUCGAGCCGAGCAGCGACGUGUCGCUGCCCAUCGCGAGCAGCCAGGAGGAGACCACGGAGGAGAAGAACGACUCGGGCAUCAGCCCGGAGCCGGCGCGCGAGCGCGACGCUCUCAACGGCGACGACGACGACUCCGACAACUGGGAGAACACCAGCAGCGACGGCAGCGAUACUGAUAGCGGCGCGACGUGGUCGUCCCGCUGCUCGUCGGCGGCGUCGGGGUCGGGGCGCGGCGCGCGCUCGCCGCAGCUGGCGGUGCGGCUGCUGCGCGGCAAGCGCCUCAAGCGCGCCGCGCGCCGCGCGCCGCCCGCGCCGCCGCCGCGCCGCGCCGACCGCGUCGUCGUCGAGACGCUGCACACCACCAGCCGCGCCAACGUCGUCUGGCAGGAUGGCACAAUUGAAAUGGGAAUCCCCUCCACUCAGCUGUACCCAAUUCACCAUUUGGAUGGACAAGAGUGCUUCCCAGGCGAUUUCGUCAUCAACGGUGCCGCUAAUGUAGAAGAAAACCAACAACUCAAACACCGCGAGUACGGCGUAGUGCAGCGCGUGGACCACCAUGGACGAACCGCCAUCGUGCACUGGUAUCGCACGUACACCAGCGCCGACGAGCCCGUACCUCAAAUGUUAUACGAGAGUGAGAUGAGCGUGUACGAUCUGAAAGACCACCCAGACUUCCAAUACAGACCGGGGACGGUCGUCAUCCGCGUCGCCAACUUCACCGGCGAAGACGCCAACUGUACUGCGGGACAGGUAAUCGAUAAUUUCCCAACUGGUCGUGUCAAAGUGUGGUGGGUUGACGGACAUAUGAGUAUGUGCUGGCCACAGGAUCUGUAUAAGGUGGGCGAGUACGACUCGGAGGACGGCGAGCUGUGGGGCUCGGAGGGCUCCUCGUCCGAGGACUCGUGGGAGACGCAGAGCUCGGCGCACGAGCCCGAGCCGCGCACGCCGGACGCGCCGCCCGCGCCCGCGCCCGCCCCCGCCGACACACUGGCCGCGCCCGCAUUGACGUCUCGGGCCGCGGCCGGCGAGGACGCGGGCCUGCCCAAGCUGCUGGAGCCGCGCGUGGCGGCGCACAUCGAGCGCGGCCGCGUCGCCAUGCGCCGCCUCGAGGAGAUCUUCGCGAAGCAUCCCACGCUGCAGAGCCAGGAGAUUAUGCGAAAAUUAUUAAAUCUCUACAAAGAUUGCCGGUUUUUGGAUAGAUUGAUGGGUACCACUUUCUUUCAUGAAGAUCACUUUUUGGGUCUGCUGGAGCGCGUGCGCGAGCGCGGCGCGAGCACGCCGCGCGCAGGCGAGCGCCGCGUGCACGAGCAGCUGGCGCGCCUGUUCGCGCCGGCCGACGGGCCCGAGCCCGAGCCCGAGCCCCUCGACGCCGUCAUGGUGGACGACAGGCCCGCCAAACCGAUCAUUGCCGCCAAUGUCACUGUCGAGCCUAUGGAGGUAGAAACCUGUUCACCAAAGAAGUCAUUACACUUAAACAUCGAUCCCAUACAGGCGUCCAGUUCAGAUACCAAUGCCACUACAGAUAAUGCUACUGGAGAAAAUGUAUUAACAGACACAGAAGCAGAGGGCAACACCCGCAACGUGUGCUACAAGCUGUGCUCGCUUAUACACCGCCAGCUCGUGAAGGCGCACGCCGAAGUCAGCCGGAGAAGGCCGCAAGAGCUGGCCGAAUUCCUAAACGGCUUAAUGAGAACUCAAAACGCGAGCGAAGAGAAGUUACCCUACCACUUUUCAGUUCAAUAUGGAGCGCUGGUAGUGAGCAUGGCGGAUCAGGACGAGAAGGGGGAUGAGAACAAAACUACUACGGAAGUGAAAGAUGCUACCUCUGAUACUGUACCCAAAACUGAAGCCAAUGUAGUCCCAGUAGACACCGCGCCACUGGCCACCGCGGACGGCGACGCGGACGGCGAGGGCGUGGGCGAGGGCUUCGCGAUCCUGGAGUCGGCUCCCACCACGCACCGCUUCCGCCUCUCCAUGCUGCAGCCCUCCGAGCCCAGGAGCUUCUACUCGGCUGUCAAGAGGGAGAUCAAGUUGUUGAAGAGCGACCUGCCGCCUGGGGUGUGGGUGCGCGGCUACGAGGACCGCAUCGACCUGGUGUCGGUGAUGAUCGCGGGGCCGGCGCGCACGCCCUACGAGGGCGGCCUGUUCGUGUUCGACGUGCAGCUCGGCGGCGAGUACCCGCGCGCGCCGCCGCUCUGCCACUACCACUCCUACUGCUCCGACAGGCUCAACCCCAACCUCUACGAGGAUGGGAAGGUAUGCGUGUCGCUGCUGGGCACGUGGUCGGGGCGCGGCGUGGAGGUGUGGGGCAAGGACAGCUCGCUGCUGCAGGUCAUCGUGUCGCUGCAGGGGCUCAUACUCAACGCGGAGCCCUACUUCAACGAGGCCGGAUACGAGAAACAGAAGGGCACACAACAAGGCAAAGAGAACUCGCGUAUGUACAACGAGAUGGUGUUGCUCAAGCUCGUGCAGUCCAUGACGAGGAUGCUGAUGAAUCCCCCGGAGCCGUUUCGCGAGGAGAUCCUGCAGCACAUGCGCACCGCCGCCGCGCCCCUCUGCGCGCGCCUCGAGGGGCUCGUGGCGCUCUCCAACGGCCCCCACCCCCCCGCCGGCGCCCCGCACCCCCCGGCCGGCGCCCCCGACUACCCCCUGGUGCCAGCGUCUCGCGGCUUCUGCCUCACACUGCGCUCCUCGCUCGACUCGUUCCGCGCAGCCCUGCGGCGUCACGACAUAGACGUACCCCCCUCCGCGUUA